AUGGCUCAUAAAUUGAAUAGCAUGGCAAUGAUUUUGUUCUUAUUGUUAGCAUCUACAGCUAAAGCUGAGCCAGGUGUCUUUGAUGUUACAACUGCAACAUAUGGUGCAAAACCCGGGCCUGAUAUUACUCAGGCUUUGGCCAAGGCUUGGAAUGAUGCAUGUGCAUCGCCAUCGGCGAGUAUAGUUGUUGUUCCGAGUGGGACAUACAAGUUAAGAGAAGCAAGUUUCAAAGGCCCUUGCAAGGCUCCCAUUGAGAUUCAAGUUCAAGGCAUAUUGCAAGCUCCCACAGAUGGCAGCAAACUGACCAAAAAGGAUACAUGGGUUGGUUUUGAGCACAUUAACAUGCUAAGCUUAUCAGGUGGUGGAACUUUUGACGGCCAAGGAGCACUUUCUUGGAGUAAAAAUGACUGCAACAAAAACAAAAAUUGCAAAUCUAAUGCUAUUAAUCUCAGGUUCAACUUCAUCACCAAUUCCACAGUUCAAGACAUAACUUCACUUAACAGCAAAAAUUUCCACAUGAAUGUUUUCGGGUGCAAAAAUGUUACAUUCCAACAUGUUAACAUCACAGCACCCGGAGAAAGUGUAAACACAGAUGGAAUCCAUAUCGGGCGUUCAACAGCGAUCAACAUUACUGAUGCAAAUAUUGGAACUGGGGAUGAUUGUGUUUCUAUUGGUCAUGGCAGCAAGGAAAUCACGGUGACCAAAGUUACUUGCGGACCAGGCCAUGGCAUAAGCAUAGGAAGCCUUGGAAAGUAUCUGAAUGAAGAACCUGUUGUUGGGAUCAGAGUUAACAACUGCACCCUGAGAAAUACACAGAAUGGCGUGAGAAUCAAGACAUGGCCUGCUUCUCCUUCAGCUAGUACCGCCUCCGAUAUACACUUUGAGGAUAUUAUCAUGAUUAAUGUUGGUAACCCUGUCCUCAUAGACCAAAACUACUGCCCGUGGAAUCAGUGUAAAAAAAACGUUCCAUCGAGAGUUAAGAUCAGCAAUGUCAGCUUCAUGAACAUUAAGGGCUCAUCUGCCACUCCACUUGCAGUCAAGAUUGUAUGUAGCAGUUGCAUACCAUGUGAGAAUGUGGAAUUGGCUGACAUUGAUCUCACCUACAGUGGAAAAAAAGGCCCUCUUACCUCUCGAUGUUCUAAUGUAAAGCCCACCAUUACUCGCGUGACAAAAGCUCUCGCUUGUGCUACCACUGCUGGAUUAAAGAAGUAG